CCUGUGGCUGAGAUGUUUCACGUUUCGCAUGUUUCGCAUGCGGUCGUCAGCUCCAGCACGCUGACGAUGGUGGCAAUGGUGGCAGUUUACGGUUUGACACGACGGCGGUCACCUCGUGAGUGCGGUUUAUGUUUAAGUAACUUCAACGCAAACGACUUAAAAUGUUACAUUUAACUAAUCUAUCAAAACCAACGUGAAAGUGAAAAUUUUUAACUUAAAAUUGUUUUCUUAAAAAAUUAGUGUGAAUUAAUUAAUAUGCGCAUACUCAGUGGUAUUUUCAGAAUACAACAAUUUGCAACAUUCACGCUGUUAUUGCGUUUAAAUCGUACGCAAUGUAAGCAAAUUUAUAAUUCAGCGUCUCUGCUUACCGACACCCACCCACGCACCGCAAUAAACGAAAGCAGCAUUAUCACAAAAGCCUAUAAGAGGAAUCUGGGCCUCCGAUAACACACAACCGACUCACUCAACAGUGCUUAUCUGAUUAGAGAUAUACACAUUAAGAAAGGAAUACAAGGAGUUGCAACACGUUCGAAUUUAGUGCGACGCCGACGCAGGAAAGAUGCUGACUUAAUGUUUAAAUAUAUAACAAAUUAAGAAAUAAAAAAUACAAACGUGACUUGGAUCGUGAUCAUGACAUCAACGUGGGUGUUUGUGAAUGUGAAUGGAAAAUACCGUAUUGUGCUGUAAAUUUGUGAAAUUAAGAAGUUUUUAUUGUUUUUAUUUUAAAAAAAUGGGAAUUUCUUCAAGUAGACUCAAAAAAACCAAGCGAAGUAAAAGUAGUAUAUCCUGGAACCGUUUCGGUUCUUUGAUCUCUCUACGCUCGAAAAAUCGCCAUAGCAUCGCGAUAUCGACAAAAAGACACUCUGCAAUCGAAGAUACGACUAAAUUCAGUGAUUUAAGCCCCGCCCCUUCGAUUUUGACAGUUGAUACUUGCACAGAAGAAGUAUUAACCACUGAUGUGUCUAAAGAGUUGCCUAAGACUAACGAAAACGAAGUUAAAAAAGAGAAUCCAGGACGAAUACAACGUAAACAUUUAGAAAUUGACUUCUGGCUGAAAGCGUUAGACCUGCCGCAAUAUUGCGACGUGUUUAAAGAUGUCUACGGCGUGGAGAAUCUUAUCGACUGCAGUGAAUCGGAUAUCCGGCAAUUUGGUGUGAAGAUAUCAUCACAUCGCGCUGCCAUUAUGACUAGCCUAACCGCACUGAGAUCAAAAUAUUAUGAUGAUUCUUUUAUUGUAAAUAAACGUAUGGCUUCCCUACGACACAGUGUAGCUGUCGAUAGUCGUAGUAUUAUCCACGAUGAUACUAGGUCUGAUUUGCACACAGUGACGGAUUCAACGCGCAGUAAAAGUUGUAACAACUUCCUCAUGGAGCCUUGCGCAGACCCCACAAUGGACCAACUGGCCCUAAAAAAGGCCCUGGAAUGGGAGUUGUCCCUGGACAACCGGGACCUCCGCUCCCACGCUUGGUACCACGGCGCAAUCCCCCGCGCGCGCGCUGAAGAAAUCGUCCGCGACGAGGGCUGCUUCCUCGUACGUGACUGCACCUCCCAACCCGGUAACUACGUCCUCACCUGCCGGAAGAAUCAACAGGCCCUACACUUUGUCAUCACCCGUCAAAUCCUGCAACCUGACACCGUCUACGAACGCGUGCAGUAUCAAUUCGAAGACGACCCGUUCGACACCGUUGCUGAUUUGAUCACCUCCUAUGUGGGUUCCGGAAGACCCAUAACCAGCUUAUCCGGCGCGAGGAUAUCCACGCCUGUCAAUCGAAUGUAUCCGUUAUCUUUCUACGCCUCGAAAUAUCCAUCGGUGAUGUAUCAGAGUCGAUUAUCAUCACCGGCGACUACCCCAAUGGGUUCCAUUCGAUACCCUAUGCAGGUAUUCAAACAAUCCAGCCCUACGAGGUAUUCCCGAGAUGGUGCACCACGUCUACCUUCGAAGAAACAACGUUCGCAGUCGUUGACACCCUCGGAGGUGCAACGCAUGGCCGCGGAGAAGUGUAACAGUGCUGAUGGGGUCAUCCAACCACCGAUGAUGACCCGCUCGGCUGGUAGUGAUGCAAUUUUGCUCAAUUCACGCUUUUCAUCACAAUCUCUACCGAGAAACUCUACAUCACGACUUUCUAUAUCUCCUAGUAGUGUAACCCUCGGACGUAAUACAAAAAUCAACAGGGUCAUCAGUGAUAAUUCUCUAUCGGAGGAUGAAACCCUUCCGGAUUCACCCCCGCCGAAACCAGCGAGGAUCCCAUAUUCGGAUGGAACUGAUGCAAAAAUCGGAAGUCUACAACGCGUCACCUCUUAUCACGCGUCCGGAUCCGACUCCGGAAACGGUUCCGGUGACUCGGCUGUCAGCUCAGCGGCAGGUGAUCCAAUCGAAGCUAGUCAUAGGAAUUCCGGUGUUGUUAUCAAGAACCCCCGGUAUAAUAUGAACACCUCCGAGUCUUCCACAACGUUGAAAAACUUUGACUUUGAUUAUGUCAGCGCCGAGGAGAAAUUGAUGCAGAUGGAGAUGCCGGAAGUGGAUUGUUCGAGCAGAUUUGACUUGGACAACUUCCAGACGAUUCUGUUACCAAUGACAGAGAAUAAACCAUUGGACGGGCAAGCGCUUAAAGGUAUCAAGCUCAUAUUGCGAGAGUCAGGCUCGAAAAUACUGGCGAAUCAUCUUUCACGAGUGGAUUUUGAUUUGAUUUACGGGUUUACUACCAGUAGUAAACUUGGAAGUGGGUUAGAAUUGUGUACAUUACCGCAUGGACAACAGUUGAGGUUAGAUUUGAUCGAGAGGACGGAAUGUUUGAAACUUUUGGUCGCCAUUACUAUAUUGACUUGUAACGAUGAAGACGAACGAGCAGAGACUUUGAAUAAAUGGAUCGAGGUUGCGAUUGAUACCAAAACAGCUCUUGGGAAUUUGUAUGGAUUUUGUGGUAUUAUGUUAGGGUUAUGUUUACCACAGAUUGAACGACUUAAUUCAACCUGGUAUACCCUCCGCCAGAAAUACACAGACUCUGCAUUCAAUUUCGAAGCGAAACUACGCCCGAUGCUCAAAAGUAUGAACAGUUGCUCAAAUCCCCAGGCACCGAACACGACAAUUCCACAUUUGUUACCGUUUAUACUACUAAUGGAACGAAACCUCGACGAUUUCAUCAAUCCAAUCAACGAACAAAAAAGCCUUGCUAUGAACUGCCUCGGGCUUUGGGAGUCAAACACCCAGGACUUCGGUUUGUCCACACUUUUUGCGCACAUGGACGCCGCCCGGAAAUUUACAAGCAGCAGCGCAACUUUUCAGCGAAAUGCUGAUAUUGUUUUAAGUGAGGCUCGCAUGGAGGAACUCACAACUGAUAUGUUUCGUACGGAGUUUCAGCUGAAAUUCUUAUGGGGCAGUCGGGGUGCAUACGCGGUUUCUUAUGAUCGCCACGCGAAAUUCGAACAGGUGCUCAAUGUCAUGGCCGAAAAGUAUUGCAACAAUAUUAAGGAAGAAUCUGAGGUUUAAAUGACUAAUGAGAAUAUUUUGAGCAGUAAGUUUCUACAAUUGCAAAAAAACACACGGGGCCAAACUAGUAUAAUACACAGCGCACUUUUUAUAAAGCAAAAAAAUGCAAGAAAAGACCUCAAGAAUUCAACACCAAGAAAACUUACUGCUGAGAUGAAUUCGAUUAUAACCUAACUUUGUACGUUUGGUGUGAACGGUUGCACAACCACACUCGAAACCAAAUUCCUAUUAUUAUGCAGCGCAUUUAACUUAAACACUAAUGUACAUUGUAACUGUCUGCAACACUAGUUGAAUUAUUGAAGAGUGUAAUCGCUACUAAUCAGUUUACAUUCGCGUUCUUCACGUUUUGCUUGCCGCGAAUUGAUUUCCAUUGACAAUACAAACUUAAAAGACUGCCAAAUAUUUACUUAUAUAAAGUAUGAUUCGAUAUUGUUUCUAUUUAUGAUUUGCCUGCGCUUUCUUUGUUAUUUAGUUGAUAUUCUGUUAUUAUAAGUAUUCAUUUUCUAAUCGGUGCAAUACGCAUGCUAUUUAUGUAUAACAUUUUCGUGAUAUUUAUAUACAAAUGUUUUUGGUGUGAAUAUAACCCGCAAAUAAUAAUAAACUGUAAUAAUUUGUACAUAUACGAAUAAUAGUUAUAUAGAUUUUGUAAAGAUUUUUCUUGCUAGUAUCAUGUACGAGAAAUAUUCGAACGCCGUGUGUACUGAGGAAGAAAAAUGAAAAGUUAAAUGAAUUUAGUGUAAUAAUAAUGAAAUCAAACGUAGAGGAAUGGCGAGCAGUGUUGGUUAUGUUGGUUAAACGGCAAUGUAUCGCAUACUUGAUGGUAAAUUAUUAUAAACUAGGAACGUUGCUAGUAUACUAUGUAUCAAUCACACUAAUAAUGACUAAAAAAACUUGUAAUAUAUAUAUAUAUACCUCUAUACAUACACAAUAUACGAAUAUACGAUACUGUAGCAAUGAUGAUUCAAAUAUUUAUCAUAGUUUCAAGUCUGUGUUACACAGUGUGAUUCCUAUAAUAUUAUAUUUACCAAUAUUAAUAUGAAUAUAAUAAAUAUCCAUUGAUGCAUUCAUAA